AUGCGAAAGGGGCAUCGACCUUUGGAAGUAACAUUUCUACCUCAUCGAGCGGAUGCUUACGAAGUAACCCCCAAUGCUCCUACUCAAACGCUCCUACUCAAACGCUCCUACUCAAACACCCCUACCCAAACACUCCUGCUGAAACGCUCCCAUACAAACGCUCCUACUCUGACGGCUGCUUCUUAUCUCAAUUUCUCGGGAACCGCCCAAUCCGUUCGCUGCCACGAUAGGAAGGCCACCAUGCCAACAACUUCUUUGCCUCCGACCCGCACCAUUGGCUUCGUCCUUGACGUUUCCGCGGCAUCGCUCAGACCUCCUCCACGGGAGUCUGCCCCGCAUGUCACUCGCGAACGACAUGCCCGAAAGCUUGUUGCAGCCGUCUCGCGCCUGCUUGAUUAUCACAAAACUUGUUCCCAUUGCCAACUCAGCUGGUCAUACCGCUUUUUUGAUUCCGAAACUCAAGCUUCGCCUAGUGCUUUCGGAAAGGACGAGGGUAGGGAGACAUCUGAGGAGGAGCUCGAAGUAUUCCGACGACAAGUUGGCAUACAUACGAAGACAGCAUCCGUCGGGGCAGCAUCUAUGUAUGCCAUCAAAUACCAUGAAAUCACCACCAACCUAGAAGACGGACUGACCGACUUCUCCCUUUGUCUUCCUGGUCUUGACGACAACAAAAUCGAAACCGAUCAAAGCGACAACAUGCGCACCACUCUUUCGCACUGCACUGGUGGACACCCCUUUCAACCGCUCCUCUAUGUCUUAACAGCUGCUCCAGACUCCAUGAAAGCGUUGAGUGCAUGUCACGGAGCCUCUGCCUUUCUGCAAACAAAAUACUCUCGUAAUGUUGCUGAUGCCCCAACUCCUCAGGAUAUGCGUUCCAUGAUAUCCAAUAUCCGGUCAUCAGUUGGCAGUUCGAAGCGAGUAGCACACACAGACCCAUUUAUUAAGACCGCAGCAGCAAUGGAAUCGCAAGACAUUGGUCUGGUCUGGGUGGACACAAGGCCUGCCCUCCCAGGCGUUUUCUCAAGAGAACGCGCUUCAAUUAUUACAGCCUUCUGUGCAUGGCUAGAAACAGUAUCCACGAGUGCUAGCUUUAUCGACAUGCACACUCUUCUCCUUGACGAAAGAGUAAUGCCCGUGGAAUCACAUAUCGCACAAAUCCACCCUGACGCGCAGCGCAACACUUGCGAGGUAGACGGCUCCCAAGCGGUGAAAGAGGCUGAAUCUGUGGAAUGGAACAUCGCUGACGUGCUGACAACAACUUCCUCCGCGGGAUUCACGACGAAAUCUCCGCCGAAAGACCGGGCGCGAGACCCGGGGUCGUCUUCCAACCCAUUAUUGGUCCGUCAAUCUUCGAUGUAUCCCCACGGCUCCUCCACCUCGUCGCUGGUGCGUUACUUCCGAGCGCAGCUCAGCACGAAUUUUUCUCAAGACUCCAUUGGUGAACCUCAUGAGCAGCCAAAGGCGUCAACAACUCAGUCCCCUCAUGUAGUGAUUAUCUUGAGAGGCAUCAUGCCUGACAGCAAAAAUUGCGAAGAGCUCUAUAAUCUGAGAGCCUUCGAGUCGAGCGCGCAGGUACUGAGACCCCUCAGAUAUAACUCGAAGUCAAAAGAUAUUGAUGGUCGAAUCUGGGCAGAACACUUCGGUGAUGUCAUGACUCACCUCUUGCACACUUCAAAAGGCCUGUUUGCUGAUGUUGGCAUGCGGGGUCCAGGUAGCUCAAAAACCGUACAAACGUUGCAUUCAGUUCUCAUCCGGCCGCUCAACUCGUUUACAGCGUCCGUUCGGAAAGUCACACUCAAUGUCGCAGUGCCACGAACACCUUGUACCGAUUUUGCAGCAGAAACCAACGUUUUCGGAGACACCCAAGGCAGUCUCUUGCUACCCGAUUUGCCUGGCUGUCUCGAAAGAAAAGAUUUGCCAGAAAACAAUAACGAUCGCGCGACGUGGCUGAGGAAAACUCGUCUUUGUGAAGAUGUUCCGCAACGUCUCACGGCAGACACAAACGAGAGGUGUAUCCCACCGUCGUCAUCCUUUGGCACACCGAACCUGCGAGAAGCGCCUUUCCGCGUGAGAGAAAGGGCUCUUCAACGCGACGAUCUUGCUAGAAGCAAACCAUUGCGUUCGCAAGAAAGAAACUCUGAGAGUCAACCACAAGAAUCAGGGAACAACAAUGACGCAUUUCGCAGCGUUGGUGAUAGUGUAGAGCGAAAACCGAAUCCCAUCGAGAAAUUUGAUAACGUUCAACAUGGAGUCACACGUACCGGUGCUAGUCCGCGUCAAUGUCAGACUCAGUUAACACCAUUGUUUGAGAUAGAAUCUGAAGCUGAAAGAGAUCAAGACACAGAAUUAUCCGAUCUUGACGUCGAGACUUUUGCACCGAAUCGGCAGAGCGUUCCUGGCACAACGAGACGAAAUUCAACGCUGGAACACAUCCCAAAAUCAGAUGCAAAUUCUGAGAAGCCCCUUCCAUGCAACACGCCGUUGACAAUGCCUUUCACUGAGGGACCGACGACAGCCAAAACACCACUAGCUGCGCCAAGUGUAGCAUGUACAAGUCGUGGCCCCACCGGGUCGAGCAGCCAUUGCCCAGGCAAAACCGAUGAAAUCAAGGCAGUUCCUCUAAGCACAGUGCCGGAACUGAAAGAUUACAAUUCGGAGAAUGAUCUUGACCAAGCAAACCAUGCUGUGAGCGAAGCCGCUGCGUCUUUUCAACUGAAUAUGAAAAGGCUAUCAGAGCAUGCCGUACACCCAGAACAAUGUGUCCUGAGCAGCCUGCAUAACUUGGAAGCCAUUGCUCGGGUUCUUUCUGCAGGAGGGGGAAUCAAAACGAUAGAGAAAACGAUAAUUGAUGGGAACAUAGUGAAGGACUCUGAAGUGAUGGAUGCACUUGAUGCUACGCAGAGAGCGUGCAGAAAAAUAGAAACAGCUGCCGCUUCUGAGGCGUUGGGGCCGGAAAUUUGGCUCCCAAUCAUCAAAGGCUAUGGACAAGUCGUUUGGCAAAUCGUAGACUAUGCUUAUACGAGGCAGCACCAAAAUAGCACCGGCCACCGGAAGGGUGUUCGCCACUUUGCUGAGAGAUCGCUCUCAGUGUUGUCCUGCUUGCAAAUGAUCGGUGCAGCGAUGGCAACUUGGACAGAACCUCAUUCGUUGUUUGUCAAAACAUUCACCUAUUUCCUCGGUGAUGUCCUCGCACAAUUCACCAAGGGAGCAGAUGCCGAUCAAUUCGAACGAGUGGUUCGAAAGAUUUUUACGAAACUAGACCUUGAAGGACCAACCGCGUUGCCAGAACAUGUUCAUAGGUCAAGCCCUCCUCAGUCAAGUUUAUCCACUUGCCGGCAAACUGACCGUACUACCAGGCAGUCGUCAUACCAACAGUUGGUCCGUGCUUCGAGUGACAAAUGUGAGCAAUCAAGCGAGAAAAACGCUGCCCAUAACCCCAGGCGGAGCGCACGUCGGGCCUUGACAUUUGAAAACGAACACGUAGGAGAAAAGCGUUCUGUGGAGAGCUUCCUUGGCGGGGAGCACUUCAAGAAACAACAGAAAGGACCAUCUAUCAAGAAACACAAGAAAAUAAUUGCUGAUGCCAGGACCCGCAAGCCACUGAUCCCACCGGCCCGACGAACGCAGAUUUCAACGAAAACCGUUGAGCUGUUAACAACUAAGCGUGCUCGAAGAGAUUCUCCGGGUGCCGCGAGCUCCCGCACUCUGCACAAAGACAAUUUGGCAAAGCCAAACAAUCGAGGGCACCCUGACUCUAGACCGAUCGCAGCGGCUCGGCCGGCACUGCGCCGAAGCCCUCGAAAAAACCAGACUCCCCAACCAGACAAAACAGCGGCGACAACAACCCCUUCUCCACAAGCCUGUGCGCCAAAGAGGCGCACGUCCCCUCGUCAUACCCAAACUCCCAAGAGCAGUUCUACCUCUUCUAAAACUGGCAUCACUGCCGUCGCACAAACAACUCCUACUCGAACAAAGCGAAGCAAAAAGGAAGCCGUGCCAGACUGGAGCCUGCUCCAUGUCGGCCGUUUAACACGCCGGGGUGCCAAGAGACUAGCAGAUAUGAGUGCCGCCACUGGUCACAUUAUAGGCUAG